AUUUAAUUUCUGAAAAGCUAAGGAAAUUUUCACAAUUUUCCCUUUCCAAAGCACUCUGCCCGACUUCAUGCUCCUCUCCCCGCUGCGUAUCGCCUUGCUCGCUCAACCCAACCCUCAGAAGAACUUCUCAUCGUUCAUUACCACCCCCGAGCACUCCCGUUGUCGAAUAUGAGUCUGCUUGGAAAUACGAUCAGAUCGAGCAUGCUUCGUGGAAUCAUCAAGCCAAAUGCCAGCCUCCCUUCGCUGCUGCGCCAAUCGCCGAGAUCUUUCUCGACUGAAGCUGAGCACCCUCAGGGCUCCCCCAUCGAUCCAUUUCUUCAAACCCCAAGCACAGGUCUGGUUUACGGGAGAUUAGUUGGUAUUACGAAAUAUACAUUGAAGACAGACAUUAUCAAUAUGCUCGAAGGAUGCAAUUUGAGUAUCGAAGAUGUUAAAGUUGAUUACAACCGCUCCUACGCACCGGUUAAUAUGAUGCUGCAAUUCUGUUCCCGGGAUGCGUAUGAUACUGCUAUUAGGACUAUUAACAGGAGGGAUCGGUUAUACAGACUAGAGAGGGCUGAUCGGUCACAGUGGGAUAUGCUUACACCAUAUGAUGGGAAGUAUUUGUUGUUGCUAGGAAUCCCUCGCAAUGCGCUUCAAGAUGAUGUAGAACGCUUCCUCUCUGGUUGCGAAUUUGAUGCAUCCUCCAUCCAGAUGUUUGUCAGGCCAAUGUUCCCGGACAGCAUAAGAUUGGCACUCGUGCGUUUUCCUUCGCAAAUCCAGGCAAUGAGUGCAUUCAUUAUGAAGAACAGACAUUUCUGUCUCAAUAACCAAAUUUUGGUUCGAGUUCUUCAGUGAUAGGUCCCCUCCCUCAUUGUCCUUCUUUGCCUUGCUUUAGAUACAGGAUGAGACACCAAGCCUAGGCUUUUCAGAGUGACAUUUAAAUUAUAAUUCUGUGGUUUAUAAUGGCAUGUAUUUUGGAACUUUAUUUUUUCUCCAAUGGUUCCAACAGGGCUGCAUCUGGAACUUGUCUCUAACUCCUCUAGGAGAGAUUGUCGAGUCUAAUUUCAAGUUUUCUAGCAUGUUAUUUGUUCUAAAA